AUGAGAGAACUUUUGGAAAAAAGUGCUAAUCUUCAUUUUAAUGCAAUUUUAUUAAAUAUUGAGGAAAUUAAUAAAAUUGAAAAUAAUUCUAAAAAUAAGGAGAAUAAUGCCAUUAAUAGGCUUUAUUUAUUAAUUCAUUCCCUUAAUACUACGUUAGAAAGAAGCUCAAAAUUUGAGGAUAUUUUUAAACAAGAAAUGUCUGAAAUUGUAAAUUAUGCUGAUAUUGGUUAUUGUACUUUUGAUUUAUUGGUGGGUUUAAUUCAGUAG